UCUUUGUCGAGGGCAGAGAAGCGCUCCAUUGAAGAAGAACACGCGCAUUGCCGUUGCAGCAACUCAGUUCCUAACAGAAGAGGUUGAUGGUAGUUCGCUGUUGAAAUUCGCCGACUGAUAUUUCAUUACUGAUUGUCGUCUACUGUCUACAGGAUCAGCUUCCCCCAGACUUUCAAUAAAACCCACUCUUCCCACUUGGAGACCAGCUCCACCCAACACAACCAGCAGCCAUGGCAGAUGAUUCGGAUAUGCGCAAUGAGCUCUCUGACAUGCAGCAACGUGCAGACCAGCUGGGCGAUGAGUCACUGGAGAGCACCCGGCGUAUGCUGCAGCUUGUGGAAGAGAGUAAAGAUGCUGGUAUCAGGACUUUGGUUAUGCUGGAUGAGCAGGGAGAGCAACUGGAACGCAUCGAGGAGGGAAUGGACCAAAUCAAUAAGGACAUGAAGGAUGCAGAAAAGAAUUUGAACGAUCUAGGAAAAUUCUGUGGUCUUUGUUCCUGUCCAUGUAACAAAAUGAAGAGCGGAGCCAGCAAGGCCUGGGGAAACAACCAGGAUGGAGUGGUUGCAAGCCAGCCCGCCCGCGUGGUGGAUGAGCGUGAACAGAUGGCCAUCAGCGGAGGCUUCAUCCGCAGGGUAACAGAUGACGCCCGGGAAAAUGAGAUGGAUGAGAACUUAGAACAGGUGGGAGGCAUCAUUGGUAACCUGCGCCACAUGGCCCUUGAUAUGGGCAAUGAGAUUGACACCCAGAACCGCCAGAUCGACAGGGUCAUGGAGAAGGCUGAUUCCAACAAGACCAGGAUUGAUGAAGCCAACCAGAGGGCCACAAAGAUGCUCGGCAGUGGCUAAGCCUCUGGUCUGCCUGCUUUUACCAUCCGUGCAGUUUGUCAAAAGGCAAUGCACUUAUUAUGGUAUUUACCUUCUAGGUUUGCACACAUGCACAUAUCACCCGGCCCUCAUUGUAAAUGUCGUCCUAUGUGUCGUCUGUCAGCUUUUUCAAUGAUUGUCCUCGUAAAAUGAUUUCUUAUACUCUGUAUCAUUCUUUCCAAAGGUUGUAUAUAGUGCUGAGUUGAUGGCUCUUGCUCACUUGUGAAGUUUUUAUUCUCUUUAUUGCCUGUAUACAUGGAUAUGUAUGUAUAUAUACAUAUAGCCUAUGACAUUUUUGCUGGAGGAACUAUAUAGGAAUGCUAUACAAGCUGUCUUUCCUUUUUUAGUAUAUCUCAGUAUCGUCUCCUUAUUUUGACAAUGAAGAAUGGGGAAAAAAUGAUACAAAUGCAAAUGAUAUUAAUACAACAAGCACUUACAAUCAAUGCCAUUGGUUCAUAUCCUUCAUCACAACCAUGAUCAGUUACCGUUUAGACAAUGUGCAACUAGAUUCUGUAGCUGUAGUAGUAAAAACAUUGCAUUCCAAGUGAUGUGAAUUGUGCGUUAUGCAUGACAAAUGGUAGAUCUUAGCGUCUUAUAAAUAAAAUUUGUUUUAAAAAGAUGACAAAAAAAAAAUUUCAUUGCAGUAGCAAAUUGACAAAAGCAUGCUCAGUAUUAGGACACAGUGGAACGUUCCAUAUUACUGCAAGUUUGCAAUAGUGCCACCAUUUCAGUCAAUAUAUAUUUACAGACUGUGACCUUUGUUGUAAAAUAAUGCAAAAAUGACUUAAAGGAAAUGUGAUGGCAACGAAACAAGGCUGGUGUGGCGGUCCUGCAAAAAUGACUUGUUUUCUAAAAUUAAUAUGCAGUUUGGUGUAGAAAAUGAUGUUCUGAAAGCUGGGGACUGGUUGUUUACUGUAUCAUAGGUUUUGGAUGCUCUGAAAAAAAAAAUCAUUUGCAAUGUAAAGCAAAGAUGCAUAUUUCUGAGAGACCUUACUUUUAUAAGAAGAUGUAUCCUGUUAGUUUACUUUCCCCGUGUUGUUUGUUAUUGGUAAAAAAUUCUAAUAAUCCAUAACAAAAGAAAAAAGUUUGUUUCGUUUGUUUUUUUGUUGCUUCUGUACUUAGAGCUAUGCACACCAAAUCACUAAGAUGUUGAAUAGUUAUUAUAAGAAGUCAAAUAAAUACCUUACCUGAAUGACACAUAGGUUAAACUGUGAAAUUGAUGUCCUCAACGCAUGUAAUAUUAAAACUCCCUCUGUAUCCUGUCAGUCUGUGAAGUGGUUGACAUUUUGUAGCUAGCUGAAUUGAUUAAAAGUAAUAAACCCUAAAUAA